AUGAGCGAUAUCGCAGUCGAAGAGGAACAAAGCCCCAAUCCGCGAUUCUGGCUUGAGUUUCGUACUUUUGACGAUGGCCUCUCCUCGCACGGUAACUCGUCAUCCACUUUCACCGCAUUUCCUCAAUUCGCACAGCUCCCGCCUGAAUUGCGCAUACGAAUAUGGUCGUUCCUCGUUCAACCCCGCAUCGUCGUCGUCUGCUGUCUCCAGCGCGAUGAGCGCCUGGACCAGAGACUUUAUGAAUUGAACCAGCGGUCGCGUGGUAGAUCAGUACCUGUGCUGCUUCAUAUCAACCGCGAGGCGCGCUAUUUGGGCCUGCAGCAUUAUGAGCUUUCCUUUGGGUGGCGCAUCUCGAAACUUCUCUCAGACACGCCUGUAUCUGCGCCGCCGCGCGUCUGGUUCAAUUUCGCUCUUGACGCAGUUUACCUGGCUGGCGAAUUAGAAGCGUAUGAUAUCUACGGGUUCAAUUCAGCCAUGGUGUACUUCCUACGACGCGAGGACACGCGCAGGGUUAAGCAUCUCGCAUGUGUCCUUUCAGAGCUAGGUUAUGCGCAGCAGGAGAGUGAUCAGGUGUUUGGAUGCUUAUGGCACGUUGUCGAUGGGUUUCCUUCGGCAAGGAGGGUUCUGUUGAUAGUGGGCGAGGGAGACGAGGAGGCUUUGAAGGGGAGUAAGUUAAUGAGCACGGAUAACGUAAUGCAGAAGAUCUGGAACGGUUUCUUGGGCGGGUCGGCAACGGAGACAAGUUCGAGGAUGGCCGAUAAGUCUAUGCUCAUGAUUGAAGAGCAUGAUUUGCCAGGGUUUGUUGCGAGCCACUGA